AUGCAGCACAUCAUUACAGCUUUGUUGGCAUCAGUUCCAAUAGUUUUGGCAAGCCAAACAGUCUUCAGUGUCCACGAUGAUUUACUUGCGUUCCCUCAAUAUGAGGUCGCCUUCCCAGAUUCGUUCAUCUCGGACGUCGAGGCAAAGUCAAUAAUCGAGCAAGCUUCCGCAGCUAUACCCAAAUCUCCUCAAAGCUCCGACACGACGAGCAUAGCUUCGCGAACGGACGAAGCUCCCCAACCUCCCAGCGACCAUGCCUUCGACCCCAAGCAUGAAACCUACGAAUUAAUGUAUCUAAAUGGCGAACAACAUCUCUGCACAAUACCAAUAGUCGAUACACCUGCCAAGAAUGAAACAUCAGAGGCGGAAGCAAGAGCGGCGGAGCAGAAAGAGCUGGCUCGCGCCACCAACCGGGGCUGGGAAUUGCUCCAGGAACUUGAUGGUGGAUGUCUGUAUUUCGUCUCCGGCUGGUGGUCAUAUGCCUUCUGCUACAAUAAUGAGAUUACACAAUUCCACCAGCUUCCUCCGCAACCUGGAAAGCCACUACUUCCACCUCAACCAGAUCCUACGACAAAACAGUUCGUGCUAGGAAGGGCGAAAGCGAAGGGGAAGCCAAGCAAGGAUGACGAAUGGGAGAAGGAAAUUGAGGCGCCAAAGAAGAAGGCUUCAGAGGAACCGCCAAAGACGGAGCUUCAGAUUAAGGGCGAUACGAGAUACUUGGUCCAGAAGAUGGAAGGGGGAACGACUUGCGAUCUUACGGGGAAGCCAAGACGAGUGGAGGUACAGUUCCACUGCAAUCCUCACGUCACAGACCGGAUAGGAUACAUCAAGGAGGUCACGACGUGCUCGUAUCUGAUGGUUGUAUACACCCCAAGACUGUGUAGCGACGUUGCGUUCCAACCGCCAAAGGUAACUAAGGCACAUUCUAUCGUCUGCCGCGCCGUUGUUCCGGAAGAGGAUCUUCAGGAUCGAUCAGAGCUCAAGGAGAUUGAAAACCAGAUUGCAGCAGAGAAAGAGCAACCAAUUAAUGUUGGAGGUGUCAUUCUGGGUGCUGGGAAAUGGAUCAACAAGGAAGGACAGCGCUUGCCCAUUCCAGCAAAUUUCGGACAGGAGCCUCCAGGAAAGGUAGUUGAAGUGAUUGCUCGAGCCAAGAGCAAGGUUGAAGGCGGGAAAGUGGAAAUGGCCAGUGACAAGGAACUGGCAAAGUUGGACUUGGAUCCGGAGAUGGUAGAGACCGUCAAGAAGCAAGUUCAGAAGUUGGCCAAGGAGAAAGGAUGGAAGAUUGAGGUUGUGGAUGCUCCUGGUCAGAUCCGAGAGAUUUUGGGAAUAGUCGAUGAAGAUGAAGAUGAGCCUGAGGAUGAAGAAGGAAGUCAAGAGGUCUUUUACAAGGACGAGUUGUAA